CAAAUGGCGCGAGGGUAAUGAGCCGUAACGCUGUUGUGGUAGCUUCCCUUAUAGUAAAGUGGAAUAGACGCCCUCUGAACUUCGAGUGAUUUCUGGGUGCUUUAUAUUCUUUUACAGUGACGAUAGUUAUACAGUUUAAGUACCUAUUUUAAAGUUCGUGACUUUGAAAAGAUGAGUCCCUAAUGGCGCUCAACGUUUAAACUCCCAUCUAAAGGUACCUCGCGCGACGGCAGGGAUAAAACUCAACCUCAGCAGUUCGCCAUGCAAGUCAUCCAGACUGUGGAGUCUCAGGUCCCAGCACUAAGGGAAAUCUUUGUCAGGACCCCUUUCACAGAGGGGAGACAGAUCAGCAUAUUGACCCUGAGCGGGCGGGGGGAGCAGCAGCAGCCACCAUUGCUGCAAUGGGACGAUUCAGACUGCAGAGUGCAGGAGUGCUGCACUGAGCAUGCCCCAGUGGGACUCUCCGCCAGCAGUUCAUUAUGCAGUGUAGCAGAGCCAGCAGAGGGGGGAGAGCGAGAGCAGGCAUUUGCUUCCGCGUCGUUGUUGUCGUCAGCAGCAGCAGCAGCCGCCUCAUCACAGAGCCUGCCCAGGCCGCCAGACGCAUCCAGAGCGGCUCGUGAGCAUGGCCUGACUGCGGAGGCGUGCCCGCUGAACAUCAUGGGGAAUCAGGACGGGAAGCUUAAGAAAGCAUCGGGGGAAGCCUUUGAUGGGGUUGACGAUGCUGUGGGGCUCAAUGAGGCGGAGUACACAAAGAAAGGAUACCAUGGCAAGAAAUCGCAGGGCAAGCACGGCAAGGGGGCGGACCCUGGCAAAAAGAAAGGCAAGUCAGAGUCCAAAACCUCUGUAUUUUCCAAUAUUCGGAUUCGCAAGAACCUGUCUAAGGCAAAAGGAUCCACGGGAGGUUCCAGAGAGGAUGUUUUGAGCUCCCAGGCCCUGCAGCAGGAUGAGCUGGACAGCGCCGUAUCGGUUCAGACCAAAACUCCCGAUGUCAGCCUUUCGGCCGACGAGUUGGGGCACUCGGAUACUGAGGCUGACCGCUUAAACCUCACCGCAGCAUGUCAGCAGAACACCGUAGAGAUCCAGAAUGGACAAAGAGCCAGUUCGGGCUCCGACACAGACAUCUACAGCUUCCAUUCGGCGGCGGAGCAAGAGGAUUUGCUCGCUGAUAUCCAGCAGGCGAUUAGGCUGCAGCAGGGGGUCAUCAUUUCAACUGCCGAGGAUCUGAGCUGGAAAGUGGAGUGUAAACAAGCAGCUAACGAUGAAGCAGCUUCCCCAUCUGUCCCGGAGCCUCCCGCUGCCCUCGUGGCUGCCGGUGACCAGGAGAAUGGCCUGCUUGGCAGGCCCAUUUUUUCGCUGGAUAAAACGGCUGAGGAGAAAAAUGUGGCCGGAGCCGGGUUGAAGCUGAAUGGGGUGAUCCCCGAAUAUGGGGAAGCUCUUUGUGCUGCGGUGGGGACAAAGGGGCCAGGGCUAUUGAGCGAUGAAGCUCAGCCCCCUGCAACCAUGGAGCAAGGGAAAGUGGGGAGCCCUGUUACCAAGACGACCAGCGCCACCAGCUUCCCUGACCUCACUGGCUCUUUUGAAAGUGCAGAAGAGCCAGUGGAGGACGGAUUGGAUCUAGCUCCCCAUUUAAAUGGAGGCAUUAGUGAUGUUACUGGGAAUCUGGAGGAUGGGGUGAGCUUCAUGAAUGGGAGUCUGGUAGCUGAGGAGUUGCUGAUGCCUGAUGAGCCAGUGGAUGUAAAAGCAGGGUCCGUGGCACCCCCACCUACACAUCGACGGAAAAGCAGCCUGUCCUCCCCAUGGCCCCCUGAGAGCCCUCUGGCAACUCGUCUCCUUAAGUCAACUGUGACUACCCCCUCGGUCAAGCCCUACCCCCCUAUUCAUCCUUCCUACAUCAAGACCACCACCCGGCAGCUCAGCUCCCCGAACCACUCCCCGGCUCACUCGCCAUCCCAGAGCCCCCUUUUCCAUCGACGGGGGCAUGAGCUCGGCUGCCGGACUGAGAGGCGGCGGUUAAAGAGGCAGCGCUCUCACAGUAUAACAGGCCUACUGAGCCGAUCAGCAGACUGGACGGAGGAACUGAGUAAAAUCCGGGUCGGUAAAGCUGGAUCCACCGACUUCCUAGAGUAUGGGGGCUCUGAGGAGAGGCUGAGAAGUGGAAGUCAGCCCCUGUGUGCAACACGGAGGUCAUCCUGUGUGCAGUCCUCCACAUGUAGCUUCCAGGAUGUCUUCUCAGGGCGCACCCUGCUGGAGAAGUUCUUCCAGCAGCAGGAGGACGCACAGCCUGAAGAGGCAGAGAAGCUGUGCUCACGCAUACUGGCAAUGGGCCUUUUGUUGCCCUUCAGUGAAUGCUUUCGCGAGCAGUAUGGCGAAAGUGCCUCGCAGAUUGCACCUAAGUUCAAUCAAGACCAGUUGUAUACCUGGGCGGCAGUCAGUCAGCCCCUACACUCUGCGGAGCACUUUGAUGGGCGCGUCCCAGGCCGUAUCCAGGCCCUCUGGCCCCCACCCAAACCGGGAGGGGAGGAGCGACCUGGGCUGAAGUACACAGAGGCAGAGGAUGACGAAGACCAUCAAGCCAUCAUCAUAGGGCUGAAGAAGCAGCAGAGAGAGGAGAUCCGAGAACUACAGGAGGAAUCUGUCCUGAAGACCGUAAAGCUUAAGGAGGAGCAUGUUAAUGUAAUUCAGCAGUUAGAACAGACCAUUGAGGAUCUGAGGACUAAAAUUGCAGAGUUAGAGAAACAGUACCCCUCACUGGAGAAGGAUGUGAGCACAAAGGACCAGGAAUGUGGAAGUGAAGAUUUGGAAAUGAAAGGCUUCUGCGAUGUGGACCUGCAGACUGAGGGCAUGGCCCUGAGCUGCCUGGAGGCCAAGUCUGUGCAGACGUCACCUGUGGACGAGAGCUUUAGAUUCAAAGUGCCUUUGCCGGAGCGAACGUCACCUUCUAAAUCUUCGAGGCUUGAUGUGAAAGUGGGGGAGUUUUCCCAGCACUCCCCACCCUCCCCCAGCCUUGAGCCAGAGCAUCUAUCUGAGCCAUUCACCCCCCUACCCCCCAAAGCAGAUCAGGGUUUUGUUUGUAAAUGCCAGCAACAGAUGGGGAUUCAGUCUUUGCCAGUACCCCUUCCCGGACUACCUGUACCACCUCCCCUUCCCGGACUACCAGUACCACCUCCUCCGCCUCCCCUUCCCGGACUACCAGUACCACCUCCUCCGCCUCCCCUUCCCGGACUACCAGUGCCACCUCCUCCGCCUCCCCUUCCCGGACUACCAGUGCCACCUCCUCCGCCUCCCCUUCCNCCUCCUCCGCCUCCCCUUCCCGGACUACCAGUGCCACCUCCUCCGCCUCCCCUUCCCGGACUACCAGUGCCACCUCCUCCGCCUCCCCUUCCCGGCCUACCUGUGCCACCUCCUCCGCCUCCCCUUCCCGGCCUACCUGUGCCACCUCCUCCGCCUCCCCUUCCCGGCCUACCUGUGCCACCCCCUCCGCCUCCCCUUCCCGGCCUACCUGUGCCUCCCCCUCCACCUCCCCUUCCAGGUCUACCUGUGCCUCCCCCUCCACCUCCUCUUCCCGGCCUACCAGUAUCAUCUCUCUCAGGAUCAGCAGUACCUCCGCCGCCACCUCCCUUACCUGGGUGCCCCAUACCGCCCCCUCCCCCCCUGCCUUCACUGGGAACUGGGCCAUGUCCCCCACCGCCCCCACUGCCUGAUGGUGUUCAUCCACCGCCCCCGCCAGCCAUAGGUGCCCCUCCUCCACAGUUUGGAUUAGGAUCUCUUCCUCCUCCUCUACCGCUCGGUCUUUAUGCCCUAGGCAUGGCACAGGAGAAGAGGCCUCGGAAAGAAGUCGUUGAACCUCCACGACCUAUGAAACCGCUGUACUGGACCAGGAUACAGCUGCAUGAGAGAAAGGAACCUACUGGACUUUUAGUGUGGGAGAAGGUUGAGGAACCAUCUCUGGAUUUCAUCGAGUUUGUUGAACUUUUCUCCAAAACGGCUGUGAAGGAAAAGAAAAAGCCAUUGUCAGAUACCAUAACCAAGUCAAAGACUAAACAAGUUGUGAAGCUUUUGAACAACAAGAGAUCCCAAGCUGUGGGGAUUCUGAUGUCCAGCUUGCAUUUGGAUAUGAAGGACAUUCAGCACGCGGUCCUCAACUUGGACAACACUGUGGUUGACCUGGAGACGCUGCAGGCCCUCUAUGAAAAUAGAGCUCAGUCAGAGGAGCAGGAGAAAAUUGAAAAGCACAUCAAGUCAUCUAAAGAGAAGGACGGUGCCAAACCACUGGACAAACCUGAACAGUUCCUCUUCCAGUUGUCACAAAUCCCCAAUUUUUCCGGAAGAGUGUUCUGCAUCCUCUUUCAGUCUACCUUCACUGAGUGCAUAUCCUCAAUCCUCCGCAAGCUGGAGACACUUCAGAAAGUCUGUACGACUCUGCGAAGCGGCACUGGGGUCAUGCAGGUGCUGGGCCUGGUGCUUGCCUUUGGGAACUUCAUGAAUGGUGGGAAUCGGACCCGAGGGCAGGCCGAUGGCUUUGCGCUGGACAUUCUGCCCAAACUGAAGGAUGUUAAAAGCAGUGAUAACGUGAAGAGUCUCUUGUCCUACAUAGUUUCUUACUAUUUAAGGCACUUUGAUGAGGAUGCGGGUAGGGAGACCUGUGUCUACCCUCUUCCCGAACCGCAGGACCUCUUCCAGGCGUCGCAGAUGAAGUUUGAGGACUUCCAAAAAGACCUGCGAAAGCUAAGGAAGGACCUCAACGCAUGUAACGUGGAGACAGGCAAGGUGUGCCGGGAGUCGUCUGAGCAGCACCUGCAGCCCUUCAAGGACAACAUGGAUACCUUCCUGCACCAAGCAAAGACUGAACUAGACGACCAAGAUGUGAAGCUCACCGAAACACACAAAAUCUUCUUGGAUCUAACAGUGUUCUUCUCAGUCAAACCUAAGAUGGGAGAGAAAGAAGUCUCCCCCAACACCUUCUUCUCUGUGUGGCAUGAGUUCUCCACUGAUUUCAAAGACAUGUGGAAGAAGGAGAACAAACUGAUCCUGCAAGAAAGGUUGAAAGUGGCAGAGGAGUGUUUCAGGCAGGCGAAGGAGAAAGCGUCAUACAGCGUCAAACCGAAGCACGCUUCUGGGAUAAAAGCAAAACUUGGCAUGAAGAUCUGAACCACCGGAGAGCCCAGAAACUUCAUUUCCAGGAGAUGAUGGCACAGAAUAACAACACAAAAACAAACGUGUUGAGAAUUAAGUCUAGAUUUUAAAAUUUCUUACUCUCCUCUCAUGUCCCCCCUCUCCCAAACCAGCAUUACAGAUACUGUGGCCAUACUGGCUGAGUCCACCACUUCACCCUAAAUGCAUACAGCCCAAAUGGGAUUGAGGGGGAGAAGUUUCCAGUAAGAUCUCGGUCCACCUGAGCUCCUGGAGAGCAGUAGCAGCAGACCUCCAGUGGAGCUUUCUUGAUAAUGGUUGAUGGACCUCACAGCACAUUCUCCUCUGGCAUGUGUGUACCGCCUUCAGUAGGCCAUGGCUGGUACAUACCAUCAAUCCUAGCUAUAGGGUCCUGUAAGUGCAUUUUUAAGCAAUAGAAUACUGCAGAUGGGCUUUAGCCAAUACAGAAAUUUAAAUGUGUGUAUGUGCGUGGGUGCGUGUCUGUGCGUGUGCGUGGAAAUGUGUUAAUGUGUAAAUAUGUAUAAAGAGAACUGACCUCGCUGCACGUUGUAAUGGAGAAGUUGCAGGAAAUGGAGUCGCUUUAAUCUGCUGAGACUAAUUGUUUGAUGGGCAGCGUUUUUGCCAUUUCAGUCACGGUGGAGGUAGUAGUGUUUUUAGUGCGGUGGUCAGAUGUUUGUAACAAUAGCUGGCAACCCUGUAGACCACCUUAAGCCUGGGGUUUUUAGACGUUAAGUACCCAGUCGCCAGUGUUCUUACCAUCUUUCAACAAGUAAUAAAAAAAAGAGAGGGGGGGGGGGAAUCUGCUUGGCAGUCCAGCUACAGUGUGCCAACUCGCUUUUCUUAAGGGGUCUUAUCUGACGAGUCUAUAUCUAAGCUAUAUUAUGAUACUGAUUUGGGCUUUUCCGAACCUCUUCAGAUGUCCAGCGUUCCCUCAGGUUCCCCACAACCAGUUGCGACUUUGGUAUCAAUACAAGGAGCCACAACUUGAGUGGGGCACAAGCUAACUAAUUACCCCAAAGGGUGGAGCUCAGUGUAACUCUGUGUGAGUGCGGCCACGGGCUUAAUGGGAGUCUCAGGAUAGCCUGGGUGCGUACAUCGCUGAGAACGUUGUUAGGGUGUCCCUAGAGCAAUGUAACAGUCUGCAUGGAUGAUCAGUGAGCAUGGCCUGCAAGGUUUGGGCUGGAUUAGUGUCUCACUCCAGUGUCAUGUUCUCUCUCACCCUCAGAUGUCUCAAACUGCAUUGAGGUUCGAUGCUUGACUUGGGUUACUUAUUUAAAGAUGCUAUUCUAUGUUUUUAUCUAUGUAAAGUAGUGUUCAAAUCUUUAUGUAACAUAUUUUUGUUAAUUUUUACUUCUAUCCCAGCAUGCUGGUUCUGUGCCCAAUGUGAUUUACCACUGAAUAAUCCUGGAGUCCUUUAAAGUUUAUCCCCAUGUGCAAUAAGUGUUUCUAAUUAGAAUUUUUGUUUUGGGAAAAAUGUAAUUUAUAUAAAAUAAAUGGAUAAAUAAACUCAGUUUUUAUUUGAUUGCUCCCA